AUGCGAUUCUCAAUAAAAAUUGGUUCUAUUGGCGUGUUUUGCACGACAGCAACCACUUAUUUCUAUCAAACUCGAAAAGACAAAAAAUCAAAUAUUUUUCAUAGUGUUAUUAAUGCAGCCACUUUAAUAGACACUAAUCAAAGCGAAAACAGUAGUGGUGAUCAUAAACGUUCGACUCCAAUUCAAUCAACACAAAAAUGGAACUGGAACUGGGAUGGAAGGCAGUUGUCAACAGUAGACGACGUGAAGACGAAAGCAUGUCGACAUAUCUAUCUUAUACGUCAUGGACAGUAUACGACUCGAGUCGAUCAUGAAGAUAAAAAACACCUUACAGCUCUAGGAAACGAACAAGCAGUUCUCGUUGGUAAAGCACUGUUAGAUUCCAACAUAAAAUUUACUCGUUUUGUUCAAUCUGGUCUUAUUCGUGCUAUUCAGACAGCAAAUCAUGUCAACGAAUAUUUAAAAUUUGAUAAAAUUGAACAAGAUCCAAACUUGAAUGAAGGUUUACCUUAUAUACCCGAUCCGCCAGGUCGUAUAGUCGAAGAAAUUGCCAAAGGUAACAUAGAAGUAGAAACAGCCCGACUUGAAACGGCAUUUCACACUUAUUUUCAUCGGCCAUUAACAAAUCAAACAGAAGAUUCACAUGAAAUAAUUGUGUGCCAUGGCAACGUAAUACGUUAUUUUGUUUGCCGAGCAUUACAAAUACCAGCCGAUGCAUGGCUACGAUUCAAUUUGUAUCAUUGUUCCAUUACACAUUUAAUGCUCGGUUCCAAUGGUCGUGUCGUUUGCUUAAGCAUGUAUAACGGUAUUGGUCUUAAUACGCCUCGUGGUACGGGCACAAAUGGUUAUGUUCAAAAAAACCUGUCAUUUGUAAAUGUAAAACGUGAUCGUGUGACAUAUGUUAAAGAUGCGGAUGUAAAACAACUUGAAGCAUUAAUUGAACGAAAAGGAAAUGCAGAAAUAUUAGAACAUGAAAAAAAACGUCGUAUCGAAUUGAAAUGUGUUGAAAUGCGUGAUAUGAUGUUAAGUAAUGAUUAUGAUGAAGAAACGACCACACGCAAAGUACAGAAAUUUCGAAAAAUGUUAGUUGAACGUGAGGGAUUAUAUGAUACAAAACAAGUUGAAUAUGAUGAACAUGGAAGACCAGUAGCUAAAGAAACCCAUCAACUAGCACAAGCAAAUGAAGAAAAAAAUCGUAAAUUACGUCAAGCAUUGGGUCUCGGCGAAUUUGAUCCAAAAGAAGCAGCGAGAAGAAAAGCUGAAGAAAUCAGAGAAGUGGAACGUCGUAAAAUUGAACUAGCUCAAAAACAGUACACAAUUAUUCAAGAUGAACAAGAAGACGAACACGAAGAACAGGAUGAUGAUAGUAACAACAGUGUCGAUAAAAGAGAAAAAUCGAUAAAAGAAAAAGAUCAACAUCAUUCUUCGAGUCGAAAAGAAAAGGGCCGUCAUGAUCGUGAACACGAACGAAAAAGAUCAAAAGAAAAACAAAAAUCAUCUCAUGAAGGACAUAAGAGCAAACGAUCAAACCAUCAUGAUUCAAAUGAUCAACAUCGCGACAAUGAUUCAGAUAGAGAUCAUAAACGUAAACGAUCGAGAAGAUCUAAAUAA